AUGCGAGUGUGUGCGUUCGUACCAGGGUUGUUACUGACGCAGAUAUUCAACUACCACGUAGCGGCAGGGAUGAAGACUGUAGGCAUUUCGGCGGCGGGCGGUGUGGCCGAGGCCACUGUAGACGAGAUCAUACGCCAGGGCCUCGGGAAGCACGACGUGUACGAACUGCACAUAAACCGUUUCCUCGGACUGCACAACAACAAACGCUUUUUGAGGGACAGAAUCAAAGAAGUGCCAGGAGUUCACUACGGCCUCCCGUACCCGCACUACGAGUUCGAGACGGGCCGCAACCUCCGCAUGUCACCAAUCUACCCCACGCUGCGCGACAACGGCGCUGUCUUCGGCCAGGUUAUGGGGUACGAAAGGCCCGCCUGGUUCGAUACCGUUGAUAAGAGUAAAGGCGCACCACAAGAUCUGCCAUUCAAGAUCGCUUACACGAAGACGUUCGGCAAGCCGCAUUGGUUCGAUACAGUGCAACGCGAGUACUGGGUUUGCAGGGAGGCCGUGGGGCUUGCUGAUUACUCGUCCUUCACAAAAAUCGACCUCCAGUCACAAGGCCGCGAAGUGGUGGACAUGCUGCAGUACCUAUGCUCCAACAACGUGGACGUCCCUGUGGGCAGCAUCAUUCACACGGGCAUGCAGAACGCUCUCGGCGGCUACGAGAACGACUGCAGUCUCGCCCGCAUCUCUGACUAUCACUACAUGAUGAUAGCGCCGACCAUACAACAGACGCGCUGCAAAGUGUGGUUAAAGCGCCAUCUACCGUCAAACGGAAGCGUCAGCCUAUCCGACGUAACUUCCAUGUACACCGCCAUUUGCAUCAUGGGGCCUUUCUCCAGAAGUUUGCUUUCGGAACUAACGGACACGGAUCUCGCGCCCAGCAACUUCCCCUUCUUCACAUUCAAAGAGCUGGAUGUGGGACUAGCCAAUGGGAUUCGAGCCAUGAAUCUAACCCAUACUGGCGAGUUGGGUUACGUUUUGUACAUACCUAAUGAGUUCGCUCUACACGUAUAUAACCGGUUGAUAAAGACGGGUGAGAAGUACGGCAUUCAACACGUCGGUUACUACGCGGCGCGGACUUUGCGAGUCGAGAAGUUCUUCGCUUUCUGGGGCCAGGACCUGGACACCAUGACCACCCCACUGGAGUGCGGACGCACCUGGCGUGUUAAGUUUGAUAAAGACAUCCCGUUCGUGGGUCGCGACGCUUUACUGCGCCAACGGGAGGAGGGAAUCCGGCGGCAGUACGUGCAACUCCUCCUCACCGAUCACGACCACGAGCUCGACCUGUGGUCGUGGGGCGGCGAACCCAUUUACCGCGACGGAAAUUAUUGCGGACAAACUACCACCACCACGUACGGCUACACUUUUAAGAGACAGGUGUGCCUAGGUUUCAUUCAAAAUUUGAAUGAGGAUGGUGUCCCUCAGCCAGUCACCAACGAAUACGUUCUCAGUGGACAUUACGAGAUUGACAUUGCUGGCAUAAGAUACGCAGCCAAAGUUAACUUGCACUCGCCGAAUCUGCCCACCAAAUAUCCAGACAAAGAGCGCGAUGUGUACCAGGCAACCAGAAAACACCACGAGCCUCAUCUCGGCAGGCAUUACCAACCUUAAUAAUAUAAAUAUUACGGAUGCUUUCACUUGUGUGUGUGACAAGUUUUCUUGUAGAUUUUGAAAAAUUAUCUAGGGUGAUCUUAAAGUUUGUAAAUUGGAUAACGGCGAUAAAUAAUAUGUUCUUAACACGUUCAUCGCCGUGGGGGGUUAAAAUGACCGGCACGGUGCACCUAACUUUGCGAUUCUCGUUCACGCCGCAGGUGACAAACGCUACUGAUUUAACCAUAUAACAUGACCGGCGCACGGGAUCAUUGAUUCAGCCACGCCGCGGCGUGGCCCUAAUGAACUGCUGUUGCCACUUGGUUUUUAGGAUUUUUGAUGGCACACACACUUUUCUAGACUAAGAGGAAAAAGUAUUGUAUAUUUCGAAUCAAAAAAUUUACUUUAAUUUCAAAUUGGAUUUAAAAGGAUGAAAGACGUAAGUCAGUUUUAGGUAAACAUCGAGCGAACAUUACGUGUACAUACUCUGCCCGGCGUUGCGACCGGCACGGCCUCAACGUACUAAUUAUUGCGUUUAGGCCGCACCGGGUUAAAAUGCCCGGCACUAAAUAUAAUUACAAACUAGAGCCAAAUAAUGAAAUAUCGCGUAAAAAAAAUUAUAUACGUAUACAAAUGAGACCUAAAACAGUCAUAUAAGCCAAUGUCAUACUUUAAACAUUUUUGACAAUUCUAGUCGGCGACGAACGUGUUAAUUAUAAUAAAUAUGAAUUGAAAUUAUGAAUUUAUGUACAAAUUGAGAUUUUUCUUCUAUAUUGAUGACACAGGGCUGUUUCCCAUAGUGUUAAUGCUCUUUCUUGGGUGAAUGUGUGAAUGGUAUAAUUAAUGAAUCGUAGAAUGAAUGAAUUCAUUAAUUAAUCGAUUAAUGAAAUAUUUACAUAUUACUAUUGCACAGUUAAUGUACAGAAUCAAGAGCUCGUCAAGCUGGGCUCUUAACAGUUAAAUUUAACUUUAUGGCGCUUGCGAUGAAAAAGAUGUUAAGCUUAACUUGCUCGUGACUGUACAUAAACAUUGG